GCCGCUGGGGGCCAGUGUGAGGUGCCAGGCGGAGGAGUUCAAGUUCGUGCUGCGUGGCCCCGAGUGUCUUCUGACAGCGGCAGCGUCACCGGGCCUUGCACGAUGCUGGAGUCCUAUGUGACUCCUAUUUUAAUGAGUUAUGUGAAUCGCUACAUCAAGAACCUGAAGCCGUCAGAUCUACAGCUCUCACUCUGGGGAGGAGAUGUGGUUCUCAGCAAGCUCGAAUUAAAGCUGGAUGUACUGGAACAGGAACUGAAAUUGCCAUUCACGUUUUUAAGUGGACACAUUCAUGAAUUACGAAUCCAUGUACCAUGGACAAAAUUAGGAUCAGAGCCAGUGGUAAUCACUAUUAAUACAAUGGAGUGCAUCUUGAAACUCAAGGAUGGAUUACAGGAUGACCAUGAAAGUUGUGGCUCUAGUUCAACUAACAGAAGUGCUACUGAGAACACAAAAUCAUCAGUGAAACCUAGACGAAUUCAGCAAGCUACUCCUACGGACCCUGACUUACCACCAGGCUAUGUGCAGAGCUUGAUUAGACGAGUUGUAAACAAUGUCAAUAUUGUUAUAAAUAAUCUCAUAUUAAAAUAUGUGGAGGAUGAUAUUGUUCUUUCAGUCAACAUUACAUCUGCAGAGUGCUAUACAGUAGAUGAAUUUUGGGAUCGAGCAUUCAUGGACAUUUCUGCAACUGACCUGGUACUGCGGAAGGUUAUAAAUUUUUCUGACUGCACAGUUUGUCUUGAUAAGAGGAAUGCUAGUGGUAAAAUUGAGUUUUACCAGGAUCCUUUGCUGUACAAAUGUUCCUUCAGAACUCGACUUCAUUUUACUUAUGAUAACCUGAAUUCCAAGAUGCCGUCAGUUAUUAAAAUUCAUACCCUUGUCGAGAGUUUGAAGCUUUCCAUCACAGAUCAACAACUCCCAAUGUUUAUUCGUAUAAUGCAGCUAGGUGUUGCUCUUUAUUAUGGAGAAAUAGGAAGUUUUAAAGAUGGAGAAACAGAGGAUCUCAGCUGUCAUACUAAAGAUUUAUUAGGAAGUAUUUCAGGUGGUGAAGGUGAAACUGGCAUAGAUAUACAAUAUCCUACCCAAUAUAAAGCUCAAGAAUUUUAUGCACAACAAGAUGAUGAACAGUCCCAGGGAUGGGUAUCCUGGGCUUGGUCAUUUGUUCCUGCCAUUGUGAGUUAUGACGAUGGAGAGGAUGACUAUCUUGGAAAUGAUACAAUAUCAGCCCUACAUGAGCAGAAGUCUCAGGCUUUAAAGGAUCCAAUUGUUUCUAUAGGAUUUUAUUGUACAAAGGCCACAGUGACUUUCAAGCUCACUGAAAUGCAAGCUGAGAGUAGUUAUUAUAGCCCUCAGAAGGUAAAAUCAAAAGAAGUAAUAUGCUGGGAGCAAGAAGGAACCACAGUUGAGGCUCUGAUGAUGGGGGAUCCUUUCUUUGACUGCCAAAUUGGUUUCGUAGGUUGUCGAGCCAUGUGCCUUAAAGGAAUUAUGGGUGUUAAAGAUUUUGAAGAGAAUAUGAAUAGAUAUGAUGCUGAAGCGUGUUUCUUCGUUUGUGGUGAAAAUCUGAGUACCAAAGGUUUGACAUAUCUUACAAAUUCGCUGUUUGAUUACCGAAGUCCAGAAAACAAUGGUAUUCGUGCAGAAUUUAUUUUGAAUGCAGCUUACCAUAAGGAGACAUAUACUGAGAUAGCAGGAAUGCAGAGGUUUGGAGCUUUCUACAUGGAUUACUUGUACACAAUGGAGAGCUCCAGUGGCAAAGCACCUGGAAAUCAACAAGACCUCCCUUCAGCAAAAAGUGAAGAUUUGGGGAAUAUUCAGGAGAAGUCUACCAAAAGUCUUGUUGUAGGUCCUCUUGAUCUUCGCUUGGAUAGCAGUGCAGUACACAGGAUUUUGAAAAUGAUUGUUUGUGCCUUGGAACAUGAAUAUGAACCUUAUAGUAGGAUAAAACCAGAUGUUGUGGAUGAAAAUAGAACCAUACCAAACACUGAAGAGGUAGCAUCUCUGGAAGAAUAUAUUCCUACUCGACUCACUUGUGUUACUAUUCUUAAAUGUACUGUUACAAUCUUCAUGGCUGAAUUCAACUUAUUAGGUCAUUUGCUUCCUGUUAUUAUGGGCGAAAAGAACUCCAGUAGCUUCAUGAAUGCCACAAACUUUCUGCCAUUACGGCCUUUGCCUUCUAUUCAGAUACUUGUAGAUAAAAUUAAUUUGGAAUAUUCUAUGCCUAUGUAUGCUGAACAAUUGGUACACACAGUCAGUAGCCUUAGCCAGCCUUCUGACAACCUGCUUCAUAACUGCUAUGCACACUGCUACCUUAAGAUAUUUGGUUUCCAGGCAGGAUUGACCUUUCUGGAUAGUAAAGGAACAUACUGCUUACCUGUUCCGCUUAUUCCCUCUUUUAGCAUUGCUAUUUAUGGAAAAUUGCUGAAACUCCCCAUGUGUUGGACCAAACGAUCUCAGGUUCCCUUAAAUGAAUGCAUAUUUGAACUUCCCAACCUCACAAUUCAAGCAACAAGAGCACAAACCCUACUGCUGCAAGCAAUUUACCAAAGUUGGUCUCAUACUGGAAGUAUGGGUUCUUCAGUUGUGAAUGAAACUUUGAUGACUGACAUCUUCCAAACUUCAGGUGUGAAAUCUAAGAAUCCCUUGCCAACUCUUGAGGGCUCAAUCCAGAAUGUUGAAUUGAAGUACUGCAGCACAUCAUUGGUCAAAUGUGCCUCUGGGACCGUGGGAUCAAUAAAAAUUUGUGCCAAAGCCCCAGGUGAGAAUGGAAAAGAGAAACUGAUUCCCUUAAUUCAAGGCCCUUCUGACACCAAAGACCUCCACAGCAGCAAAUGGCUCAAUGAAAGUAGAAAGCCAGAAUCUCUAUUAGCCCCAGAUUUGAUAGCUUUUACCAUGCAAAUUCCCCAGUCUGUGGACUACUGUCAUAAUUCAGGUGCAGUGCUUCUUGCCAAUGUCCAGGGAAUUGCAGCGAGUAUUGACCCAGUCUUGUACACAUGGAUUAUCUACCAGCCACAGAAACGAAGUAAUAGACAUAUUCAGCAGCAGGCCAUGGGAGCUGUUCCUCAUGUUAUGCCAGUUACCAGAAAGAAAGAGGAUGAGGUGUCGGUUGGAAGCAUGCCCUUGGCAAAGCAGCAGUCAAAUCAGGCCUCUGAGUAUGCCAGCAGCCCUGUCAAAACAAAAACGGUAACAGAAUCACGACCAUUGUCAGUACCAAUGAAAGCCAUGAUGAGUACAACUGAAACCAGCAAGAGUCCUGAGGAAAGAAUGAAAGAGUUUAUUGGGAUAGUAUGGAAUGCAGUUAAGAGUCUUACUCUACAGCUUGAAGUACAAUCCUGUUGUGUGUUUAUUCCAAAUGACAGCCUACCUUCCCCAAGUACAAUUGUAUCUGGUGACAUCCCUGGAACAGUAAGAAGUUGGUACCAUGGACAAAGCAGCAUGCCAGGAACCCUUGUUCUGUGUUUACCCCAGAUAAAGAUUAUUAGUGCUGGACACAAGUACAUGGAACCUUUGCAAGAGAUCCCAUUUGUUAUCUUGCGACCUAUUCUUGAAGAAGGUAAUGCUUUCCCAUGGACAAUCAGUUUGUAUCAUUUCAGCGUUUACACCCUGCUUGGACACCAACUGACACUCGGGUUAGUACAGCCAAUGGGUUGUACAUCUACUCUGGCUGUCACUUCUCAAAAGCUGGUUGCCGUGGGGCCCGAAUCCAGACAUUCAUUUGUUGUCUGUCUCCAUGUUGACCUAGAGUCACUUGAGAUAAAAUGUUCGAACCCCCAGGUUCAGCUUUUAUAUGAACUAACAGACAUCAUGAAUAAGGUCUGGAAUAAGAUUCAGAAGAAAGGCAUUCUAAAUCAGUCUUCAGGCUAUCCAGAGUCUGUGACAGGGCCUGUUCCAAGCUCUCCAAUUAGAAGUAGUGUUGGUACAGUUCCACCAGAUACCAGCACAUGUAGCCCAUCUGCUGACAUUGGAACUACUACUGAGGGUGAUUCUGUACAAGCUGGUGAUGACUCUCCAUUUUCUGAUUCUGUUACCCUGGAACAAACUACAAGCAGCAUCGGUGGGUCAAGUGGACGUGUUAGCCUCUGGAUGCAAUGGGUGCUACCAAAAAUUACCAUCAAGCUAUUUGCUCCAGAUCCUGGACAUAAAGGAAGAGAACUCUGUGUAGUUAGUGAAUUAGAAGAUCUCAGUGCCUCAGUCGAUGUCCAAGAUGUUUAUACCAAAGUCAAGUGUAAAAUAGAAAGUUUCAAUAUUGACCACUACAGGAGCAGGCCAGGCGAAGGCUGGCAGUCAGGACAUUUUGAAGGAAUAUUUCUUCAGUGCAAAGAAAAACCUGUGACAACUUCAAAACUUUUAGAUGGCUCACAUCAGCAACAUGGAUUUCUCUCUCUUACAUAUACAAAAGCAGUAACUAAAAAUGUCCGGCAUAAGUUAACAUCAAGGAGUGACCGAAAAAGUUUCCAUAAGUUAUGUGAAGGCUUAACAGAUGGCUCACCUCACUUUCUUCAUGAGAUUCUCCUUUCUGCACAAGCAUUUGAUGUUGUUCUCUGUUUUCCUUUACUUAAUGCAAUUGCAAGCAUUUUUCAAGCAAAACUACCAAAAACUCAACAGGUGAAAAGAAAAUCUCCAGGUCAGCCCAUGAGAUCUCAUACUCUGACCUCCCGCAACCUGCCUUUGAUCUAUAUCAACACUAGUAUAAUCAGAGUUUUUUUCCCCAAAACUGAGGAAAUGCAGCCUGCAGGAGUUACUGAGGUCGCAAGAGAAGACACCCUGGUUUUGAAGAUUGGCUCUGUCGCCAUGGCUCCUCAGGCUGACAACCCACUUAGCAGAACUGUCCUUAGAAAAGACAUUUACCAGAGAGCAUUGAAUUUAGGAAUUCUUCGAGACCCUGGAUCAGAAGUUGAAGACAGACAAUACCAAAUAGACUUACAGUCAAUCAAUAUUGGUACUGCUCAGUGGGAUCAGCUAAAACCAGAGAAGGAAAGUAGCAAAGGAGGUGUACUGACAGAGAAUGAAAGAAAUUCUCAAAAUCCAGCACUUGAGUGGAAUAUGGCUAGCAGUAUACAGCGACAUCAGGAAAGGAGAGCAAUUUUAACUCCAAUUUUGACUGAUUUUACCGUCCGAAUAACUGGAGCACCUGCAAUCAUUUUCACCAAAAUCAAUUCACCAGAAAAUGUGCAUGCAGAGGAGAUUUUAGUGUGUGGCCAUUCCUUGGAAGUGAACAUAACCACAAGUCUGGAUUUCUUCCUAAGUGUGGCUCAAGUUCAGCUCCUCCAUCAGUUAAUAGUAGUAAAUAUGGUUGGACUGGAACCUUCAAACAAGACCACAGAGGUCUCCAAACAAGAACAGAAAAACAUGGAUAUGCCCGAUGGGGGCAUAGCAGAAACCUCUUCCCGUUGCAGUGGAGCCCAAGACAGUGGCAUUGGUAGUGACAGUGUCAAAAUUAGGAUUGUUCAAAUAGAGCAACGUAGUGGUGCCAGUCAGCAUAGGAUUGCCCGUCCUUCUCACCAGUCAUCAAUUGUGAAAAAUCUAAAUUUUAUUCCCUUUGACAUAUUUAUUACUGCAAGUCGAAUCUCUCUGAUGACCUAUUCCUGUACAGCUUUACCCAAAAUGAAAGCACAAGACCAGAGUGAUAGUGACAAAGUCGGCAAGAGCUCAUUAAACCUACCAGCAACAGAGUCAGAAGGCAUUACUCAGCUCAGCCAGACUUGUAUUUCUAAGGUGACAGCUGAUGACCUCAUAAGCAGUAACGUUUCUUUCCCUUCUGGAAGAAAGAUAGGACUUCUUUCAUUAGAAAAUCUCCAUUCAUCUACAAGAUCUUCUGCUAGACAAGCCCUUGGUAUCACUAUUGUGCGACAGCCUGGACGAAGAGGUGCUGGAGACUUACAGCUCGACCCGUUCCUGUAUCUUGUGGUGUCCCAGCCUUCUUUGCUGCUUAGCUGUCACCACCGAAAGCAGAGGGUGGAAAUGUCCAUUUUUGACGCAGUGCUUAAGGGAGUAGCCUCUAACUACAGGUGUACAGAUCCUGGGAAGACACUGCCAGAAGCUCUGGAUUACUCCAAGGUCUGGUUACAGACAGUAGCUGGAGAAAUAGAUACCAAAAGUGGAAUUCCACCUUCUCUUGUUGUUCUACAAAUUAAAGACUUUCUUAAUGGGCCAGCGGACAUCAAUUUGGAUAUAUCAAAGCCUUUGAAGGCAAACCUGAGUUUUGUCAAACUAGAUCAAAUAAACCAUUUUCUGAAGAAGAUCACAAAUGCUAAUGGCUCUGAGGGCAGCACAGAGCCUUCAGCUGUGUCAGACACUGUACUGAACAAGGAUGAGCUAUUAGCCAAAUGUUCCCAUGGAAAGCUGCCUGUUCCUGUAGGACAAGCUGAUGGAGUACAAAAGGUUCCAGUUCAAGAAAACAUGUGGAGAGCUGUUUCCUGCUUUCAGAAAAUUUCUGUUCACACUGCUCAGAUAGUGGUUUCCAUGGAAACUGUACCCCAUCCUAAGAAGCCAUGCCUCUUAGCAUCUUUAUCAAGCCUCAGUGGAAGCCUGAAUGUCAAGACAGGGCAGAGGACACCUGGGGUAAUUCUUGGAUCAUCAUUACUACUCAACAUAAAUGACUUUCUCCUGAAAACAAGCCUCAAAGAAAAAAACCGAGUUCUAAUAGGGCCCUGCUGCGGUACUGCCAGUCUGGAAGCUAAAUGGUGUAAACAUAGUGGUAAUCCUGGCCCAGAACAAUCGAUUCCAAAAGUGUUCAUUGAUUUAAGAGGAGGGCUAAUACAGGUCUUUUGGGGUCAAGAACAUUUGAAUUGCUUAGUCCUUCUACAUGAACUACUUUAUGGAUACCUAAACAAUGAGGACCAAUCAGAGAUAGCAACUCCUGAUCAAGUACCACAAAUGCCAUGUCCUGUUGAAAAGAGCCAGACCUUUAGAACUGAACAAAGUUCUGAUGACCUGAGAACUGGCCUAUUCCAGUACAUACAGGAUGCUGAGUCCUUGAAACUGCCUGGUGUCUAUGAAGUUGUGUUUUACAAUGAAACCGAAGACAGUCCAGGCAUGAUGUUAUGGAGAUAUCCGGAACCUAGAGUGCUUACCCUUGUUCGAAUAACCCCUGUUCCUUUCAAUACCACAGAGGAUCCUGACAUCAGUACAGCUGACCUUGGGGAUGUUCUGCAGGUUCCUUGUAGUUUGGAAUACUGGGAUGAACUCCAGAAAACUUUUGUUGCUUUUAGAGAAUUCAGUCUUUCUGAAAGUAAGGUUUAUGAACUGCAGUUGCCUGACAUCAACCUUGUGAAUGAUCAGAAAAAAUUGGUAGCCUCAGACCUUUGGAGAAUUGUCCUGAACAGCAACCAAAAUGGAGCUGAUGACCAGAGCUCUGAAAGUGAAUCUGGCUCUCAAAGUGCUUGUGAUCAGCUUGUAACACCAACAGCCCUGGCUGCCUGUACUCGAGUGGACUCCUGCUUUACUCCGUGGUUUGUGCCAUCCCUCACUGUCUCUCUCCAGUGCGCUCACCUAGAAUUCCGUUUGUGUCAUCACCUUGAUCAGUUGGGCACAGUUUCACCACAGUACCUACAGCCAUUCAUCUCUGAUAAGAACCUGCCAGCUGAGCUAGAAUACAUGAUUCUCUCCUUUAGAGAACCACAUGUUUAUCUCAGGCAGUGGAACGAUGGAGCAGUCUGUCAGGAGUUCCAGUUCUCUACUCAAGCUGAUUGCAAACUCCUGGAGUGCAGAAAUGUUACCAUGCAGAGUGUGGUGAAACCCUUCAGCAUCUAUGGACAGAUUGCAGUUUCUGAGGCAGCAGAAAAACUUCUGGAUUGUACUGUGAUAGUUGAUUCUAUAUUUGUAAACUUUGGGCAGCAUGCAGUUCAUUCUCUAAACACUGCAGUACAAGCUUGGCAACAGAACCAAUGCCCUGAGGUAGAGGAGUUGGUCUUCGGCCAUUUUGUAAUCUGUAAUGACACACAGGAGACACUGCGGUUUGGCCAGGUGGAUACUGAUGAAAAUAUUCUGCUGGCCAGUCUCCACAGUCACCAGUACAGCUGGCGUUCUCACAAGUCCCCACAGCUGUUACACAUCUGUAUUGAAGGUUGGGGGAACUGGCGCUGGUCAGAGCCAUUCAGUGUGGACAGUGCUGGGUCUUUUAUCAGAACAAUCCAGUACAAGGGCCGAACUGCCUCACUCAUCAUCAAGGUUCAGCACCUCAGUGGAGUACAAAAACAGAUUAUCAUCUGCGGGAGACAGAUCAUCAGCAGCUACUUAGACCAGAACAUUGAACUCAAAGUGGCACAGCACGUGAUGGGGCCUGACGGACAGGCUGUGGUCAGGGAGCAUUUGGACAUCCUCAGAGGCAAACACAAAUUACCAUCCUAUGUUCUAGAAAAUCAUGAACUCACAGAACUGUGUGUGAAGGCUGAAGGGGAUGAAGCCUGGUCACGAGAUGUGUGCUUAGAAGACAAACCCGCUGAGUACAGCCUUGUUAUCCAGGUGCCAUCUUCAAACAGUUCUAUUAUCUAUGUUUGGUGUACAGUUCUGACUUUAGAACCCAGUUCUCAAGUGGAGCAACGAAUGAUUGUGUUCAGCCCACUUUUUAUCAUGAGGAGUCAUCUUCCAGACCCCAUUAUCAUACAUUUGGAGAAAAGGAGUCUGGGAUUGAGUGAAACACAGAUCAUUCCAGGACAGGGGCAAGAGAAAUCACUGCAAAACAUAGAACCCGAUCUCGUGCAUCACCUAACAUUUCAAGCAAGGGAAGAGGAGGAUCCUUCAGACUGUGCUGUCCCUAUCUCCACAGCACUCAUCAAACAAAUAGCUACGAAGACUCACCCUGAAGGCCCAGUGAAUCAGAUUCUCGCAGAGUUCUAUGGCCCAGAGAAUUCUCCCCAGCCUGUGUGGCCCUAUAAUAAAAAGGAUGCUGACAGUAAUGAACAGCUGAGUCAGUGGGACAGCCCUAUGCGGGUGAAGCUAUCUGUCUGGAAGUCAUAUGUUAACACGUUGCUGAUAGAACUCCUGCCCUGGGCCUUGCUUAUCAAUCAGUCUAAGUGGGACCUGUGGCUUUUUGAAGGAGAGAAGAUCAUUCUGCAGGUUCCAGCUGGCAAAAUUAUCAUCCCUCCUAAUUUUCAGGAAGCUUUUCAAAUUGGAAUAUAUUGGGCAAAUACAAACACUGUGCAUAAAUCAGUGGCAAUUAAAUUGGUCCACAACAUGACAUCUCCCAAAUGGAAAGAUGGCGGCAAUGGAGAAGUUGUGGUAUUGGAUGAAGAAGGGUUUGUAGGUGUUGAAAUAAGACUUGGUGCUUUCCCGGGACAUCAGAAGCUAUGCCAGUUCUGCAUUUCUUCGAUGGUUCGGCAAGGUAUACAAAUUCUACAGAUUGAAGAUGAGACCAUAAUCACCAAUGAUACUCCAUACCAAAUAUUUUGUAAGCCACAGUUAACUGUUCCAAGUCCCUGUUACGGAGAGGAGGAGUGUUUGCAUGUUCCAGACAGUGCAACUUUGAGCAUUAGCCCAGGGAGACAUCAGCCUUCUAUGGAAUCCAGUUCCCUUCCUUGCUGGGACUUGAUGCCUGACAUUGGUCCAUCCACAUUGGAGAUGUCCCUUCUGCAGAAACAGAUUUUGCUGAGUUUUUGUCCUGCUGUGGGUGCUGAUGGUGCACAGUACUGGAGCCUGCCAGCUGUGGUUAGACCAGAGUUCCCCAGACAGAGCGUGGCAGUACCCAUUGGGAACUGCAGUGAAAAUGGAUUCUCUACCAGGGCUAUAGCAUUGACCCAUCAGCAGUAUCUUGGAGUCACUUACUUAACCCUCACAGAAGAUCCUAGUCCUCGAAUCAUUCUCCAUAACCAAUGUCCAGUCACAAUGCUUAUGAGGGAAAAUAUGAAAGAUACUCCCAAGUUUCAAGUCUAUUGUAGAAAAAUUCCAGCUGAAUGUUCAAUUCAUCAUGAGCUGUAUCAUCAAAUCUUUAGCUACCCUGACUGUAGGACCAAAGAGUUACUUCCUAGCCUUCUGCUGAAAGUUGUGCCAUUGGAUGACAUAACAACUGAAUGGAGUGAUUUCAUUGACAUUAACAACCAGGGAACACAGGUUUUGUUCUUAACUGGCUUUGGCUAUGUGUAUGUGGACAUCACUCAUGAGUGUGGCACAGUAAUCAUAACAGUGGCUCCAGAAGGAAAAGCAGAACCAAUCUUAACCAAUGCUACCAGGACUCUGGGGAAGAGUGUUACACUAAAAGUGUUCAUCACUCAGUCAAGCCUUGCAGUAUUUGAUGAUCUCACCCACCACAAAACAUCAUCUGAGCUUCUGCGGCUCACGCUGGAUAACAUUUUUCUGAACAUGGAACCAGUGGCCAGCUACCUCAGAGCCCUACCUCUUGAAGGGGCUGCUGCAGGACUACCACAGCUUUACAACCUGGAGGUCUUCUGUGGAGACUUUCAGCUGGACAAUCAACUCUAUAACAAAUCCAACUUCCACUUUCCUGUCCUGAUCUGCCAGGGAGAAAAAGUGGAAACUAUCCAGUGGUCCAGGAUGCAUAAUCUUCUCAUAUCUAGCAAAGAUUUGGAAGAAUAUAAAGAAAAUUGCUUUAUCAAACUUUGUAUCACCUUGUCUGAGAAACAAAACUUCCUGUUUGAUAUUAAUGAGUUUAGUUUUGAACUGAAACCGGCCAGGUUAUAUGUAGAAGACACAUUUGUUUACUACAUCAAAACUCUCUUUGAUACUUAUCUUCCCAACAGCAAACUGGCUAGUCAUUCUAAGAGACACUCGGGCAUCACACAGCUGUUACCUGAGCAAAUCAGACAGCAUGCCAAAGCUUUAGUCAAUCCAGUGAAAUUAAGGAGACUGGCCAUCCAACCAGUGAACCUCUCAGUCAGUAUCCAUGCAUCCCUGAAGCUGUACAUUGCUUCGGAUCACACGCCUCUCUCCUUCUCAGUAUUCGAACGAGGACCCAUCUUCACAACUGCCAGGCAGCUCGUCCACACUCUGGUGAUGCACUAUGCUGCUGGGGCUCUCUUCAGAGCAGGCUGGGUGGUGGGCUCUCUGGAGAUCCUCGGCAGCCCAUCUGGCCUGGUCAGAAGCAUUGGGAAUGGCAUCGACGACUUCUUUAGGCUUCCCUACGAAGGGCUGACCCGAGGCCCUGGGGCAUUUGUCAGCGGAGUUUCCAGAGGGACUACAUCCUUCGUAAAGCACAUUUCCAAAGGUACUCUGACGUCCAUCACCAACUUAGCCACAAGUCUGGCCCGGAACAUGGACCGGCUCUCCUUGGAUGAGGAGCACUAUAACCGGCAGGAGGAGUGGCGGCGUCAGCUUCCUGAGAAUUUGGGAGAAGGGCUCCGGCAGGGUCUAUCCAGACUAGGCCUCAGCCUCCUGGGUGCAAUUGCUGGUAUUGUAGACCAGCCAAUGCAGAACUUUCAGAAAACAUCCGAGGCCCAGGCAUCAGCCGGCCAUAAGGCCAAAGGCGUUAUCUCCGGUGUGGGAAAAGGAAUCAUGGGGGUGUUCACCAAGCCCAUUGGAGGAGCGGCAGAGCUCGUGUCACAGACAGGCUACGGUAUUUUACAUGGAGCUGGCCUUUCUCAGCUUCCCCAGCAGCGCUAUUAUCCAAGAGAUCAGCAUGCUGACCAGGCUCCAAACAGCCAUGUCAAAUACGUCUGGAAAAUGCUGCAGUCCCUGGGGAGGCCAGAAGUCCACAUGGCCUUGGAUGUCGUUCUUGUGAGCGGCUCAGGCCAGGAACAUGAAGGAUGCUUGCUUUUAACAUCAGAAGUGCUCUUUGUCGUCAGUGUGAGUGAAGACACACAGCAGCAAGCCUUUCCCAUCACUGAGGUCGACUGUGUCCAAGAUGGCAAGCAGAGGAACCUGCUGAAGGUACAACUCAGGCAGCCCAGAGUGACCUGUGACGUAGAGGUGGAUGGUGCCAGAGAAAGGCUGUCUGAACAGCAGUACAACAGACUUGUCGACUACAUCACAAAAACAUCAUACCAUCUUGCCCCGACUUCUUCUACACAGACGCCAUGUCCUGUGGUGGCCGUGGAACCCUUUCCUUCCACGGUGAAAACUUACCAUUAUCUGGUGGAUCCAAGUUUUGCUCACGUCUUUAUUAGCAAGUUCAUUAUGGUGAAGAACAAAGCCCUUCGGAAGGGCUUUCCCUGAGUCCUGGUGUGACGGAGGGAAGGAUAAAAACAAGCAAUGAAGCCUGUUUUAUUAAUAUGUGAUAUGGAACCAGGAUGUUAACGGUCACCCCAGUCUUCCCGGAAACUCUUCUGAAAUCCCUUCGAGAAGAGCCUUAAAUCUGGUUCUGCUGCCCCUGCCCCUCCCCUGGUCACCCAUGGCUCAGGCCCACACACCACAAUGCGAUUAGCAACAACAAAAGUAACAACCUUAGAAUGAGGGCCCCCUCCCCCUUAAAGGAGAUGACAACAGGAAUCCUGCACACAGUAGUGUUGUCAUCGAGCAUUAUUAUUUCUGCCCUGUAACUCCAUUUGCAAAAGUUUCCAUAGUAAUUCAAGAUUUAUAACGGUUCCUCCAAAAACAGAAUGUGGUCAGCCUGGAGAACCGCUAGCUCAGCACUCCAUUCCCAGCUCCAGUAUUGCUGAGCUAAUAAUAAGCCCAUGCGCCUGUCCCAUAACCUGCCCAUGCCUCAGUGCCCCUGUCUGUCCUGGCAGGGUCACAAUGAUUUGUGGAGCUAGUCAGCCACUUGAGUGAAGCCCUACACAAGUGCCAAGUGUUCUAAUAAGUUGCUCAAGGCUUAGUCACAUGUCACCCAUGGAAUUUGAAACAGUUGAAUGUGGCUCCUCUAGUUCGCACCUCCCUAGCUUAAAAAUGGCCUGUUUAAUUGAAACUUUGUAGAGCAUUUUAGUUGAUUAGGACCCUGUGUGUUUUGGAAAAUAAGCUGGAGCCUGCAAUGUUUGUGUUUUAAAUAUCUGUGUAUGGUUGUCAUGACCAUUUUUUCCCUUCAUCUGAAAAGCCUCAACUUUGCCUAGAUAAAUGAACUGUUAAUCUUUGCUGGAAGAAACAAUGGUAUUGCAAAUCAACAGGGUUCAGGUAGGUUUCUUUGCCACCAUAAACCACAUUUCAAGAUCUGGAACUCCCUUUGUAGAUCCCCUGCCAAAGGAAUUAAUGGAGGGAUUUCUAAUUCCAUGUUGAGGUCAAGAGGAGUUAGAAGGCCUGUCAUUAAUUCUCAAAAUGACCUAAAUCCAGAGAGCCCCUUCAGCUGAGGAGGUAAGAAUGAAAGAAAGUUAUAAAAACAUUCCCAGCAGAUAGGUCCCAAAUGAUUUUUUUUAACCCAGUUUUCAGAAUGUCCAUUUUCAUUUCUGAAUAGUUUUUGUUGAAAAAUGUGGCUUCAGUUAUCUUCAAUUUGAAAUUUGGUAGCCUGUAGUCUAGGCUAUAUAAUGUUAAACGUUUGGCAAUUUCUCACAAACUUAGGAGGUCAUAACUUAUUACCUACAACUAGGAGAUACUAUGAAAAUGCACACUGAAGUCUUUAUCCAAAGGCCACAUUUUGUUGGACUUUUCAAGAACAUGAACACAGCUGUUUCUGAAAACCAAGAUUGUAUAUAUAGUUUUUUCAAAGAAAUGUUAAGCUUCAAAUCUGAAUAAUCUGUGCUGAAUGUAAAAUGGUCCAUCCACUUAUGAAAAUAACUUGUCUUGCAGUGUGACAAUUUUGUCAUUUGACCUGAAGGGUAACUAUUAAAAAGAUGUAAAUAUGUAUUCAUUCCUGAAUAUUUCAUGGCACACAAUUUAAUACUGCUCAUUUUACAAAUUGCUUCCAUAAAUUGUAAUAUAAGAUUGUUUAAAAUAAAAGUAUUCCUAGAUGA